CGGGCGGGCUGCGCGAGUGGGCGCGGGCCGAGGGGCCAGAAAGUCUACGCUGGAGAUGGACUUUUAAUGGUGGAGAGACUUCUGCAGCCACAGUGGGAGGAUAUCAUCACUUAUAGACUUCUUAAAGGCUCCUGAUGGGGACACUGAGGCCCGACUGGUGAAGUAACUUGCCAAAGCCACACAGCAAGAUCCAGGGAGCAGCAUCAGGGGAAGGGAGACAAUGGUCUCAGUGACGAUGGCCACUUCCGAGUGGAUCCAGUUUUUUAAGGAAGCCGGCAUUCCUCCAGGACCUGCUGUCAAUUACGCCGUGAUGUUUGUAGAUAACAGAAUCCAGAAGAGCAUGCUCUUGGACCUCAACAAGGAGAUCAUGAAUGAGCUAGGGGUGACUGUGGUCGGUGACAUCAUUGCCAUCCUCAAGCAUGCCAAGGUGGUACACCGCCAGGACAUGUGCAAAGCUGCCACUGAGUCGGUGCCCUGCAGCCCCAGCCCCCUCCCAGGCGAGGUUCGUCGAGGCACCUCCUGUGCUGCUUCCCGAAUGAUCGCCAACAGCCUGAACCGCGACUCCCCACCCGGGACUCCCCCAAGGCGGCCGGAUACCAGCACCUCCAAGAUAUCCGUCACCGUGUCCAACAAGAUGGCAGCAAAGAGCGCCAAGGCUGCCGCAGCCCUCGCCCGCCGGGAGGAGGAGAGCCUGGCUGUCCCCGCCAAGCGGCGCCGGGUCACUGCUGAGAUGGAAGGGAAAUAUAUCAUCAACAUGCCCAAAGGCACCACCCCCCGGACCCGCAAGAUCCUGGAGCAGCAGCAGGCGGCCAAAGGUCUCCACAGGACGUCCGUGUUUGACCGCCUCGGCGCCGAGACCAAGGCAGACACGACGACGGGGCAUAAACCCACGGGAGUCUUCAGCCGCCUGGGGGCCACUCCAGAGAUGGAUGAGGAUCUGGCUUGGGACAGCGACAAUGACAGCAGCAGCUCUGUCCUGCAGUACGCCGGGGUCCUGAAGAAACUCAGCCGGGGUCCAGCGAAGGCCAGUCCCCAGCCGGCACUGACUGUCAAAGCCAAGGCCACAAGUUCAGCAGCUACAGCCACUGCCCCAACCCUACGGCGCCUGGCGCUUUCCCCACGUCCUGGACUAGAGAGGAAGCCAGAGUCCCUGUCCAAAGUCAGCAUCAUCCAGAGACUGGGCAAGGCUGCCCUUGUGCCUGAGGCCCAGGACAGCCAGGUCACGAGCACCAAGAGUUCUUCCUGGCUAUGGUGGCAGCUCAGACUUUGAUGACCUUGACAGUUUUGAAGAACACUGGUCAAGUUUCCGAUGGCCGGCAUUCCGAUUUGUCUGAUGUUUUUCUCAUGGUUAGAGAGGGUUGUGUUUUUCAGAGGAAGUGCUCAGAAGUAUAUACCAUUUGGUCACAUAGAUUUGUACUGUGUAUCAUGGUUUACGUUGACCUGACUUGACCCCAACCACCUGCUAUUUGUCAGGUUUCUCCAUGUUGGAUGCUUUGAAGGGAAGUCACUGCAAGGCUCACACCGAAGCUCUGUGUGUGUGUGUGUGUGUGUGUGUGUCUGUGUGUGAUGUUCCACCUCCCAAGGGCAAAGUGAUGACAUAAAUUAUUUGGAAUUCUUCUGUAAGGGAUCUUUGUCUCUUCUCCCUUCUUACUAACUUAUUCAAUCAUUUAUUUUUAUCACUAUGGCCUUGUGGAUUUUUUUUAAGAUUGAUUUAUUUAUGCAUACAAGAGCUGGGGUGCAGGCCAGAGGUGCAGGAGGUGAGAGGAUUCACCAGAGACAGAGUGGCGAGCAGAACAGGCAGACUGACUGAAAUACACUGCUGAGAGGAGCAGCAGGCGAGACAGGAGAGGUCUGCCGCGCCAUGUGGGUAGCUCCCUGGCCAGUGAUCAAACUCGUGCUGUGGUGGCUGCUAGUAGCUUGAUAGUGCUGAGACUUAACACCUUGCACCACUAAGGAGACCCCUAAAAUAAAUCUUAAAAAAAAAAAAAUAUUAAGGGCUAACUGGUUCAGUCACAUCAGAAUCAUCAGUCACUUGAUUUGCUUCUUUUAUUUUGGUUAGGCCUUGCAGGACCCAAGACUGACUUUUGCAAUGAGACAGGGGUUCAGAGCAUAUACACCUACCUUCACUGUAUUAACAUUUCCCCCCAAACUGCCCCUUACUCCCCUGCCAUGUUUAUUUAGUACAAUGCUUGCUCCUAAGUGACCCGAGUCAUAUCCACCUCCUAGAUGGUGUGUUUUGAGGACAAACUUUGCUCUGCAGCUGUGUGAUCUUGGGCAAGUUCCUCAACUUCUCUGUGCUUCGCUUCCCUCUUGAGGAAGAUGGGAGUAAAAGUAGCACCUGCUCUCAGGAUGAUCAUUGAGGACAAAAUGAGUUUUGUGUGACGGGCUUAAAACAGUGCUAGGCCCAGUGCUUUUUAAUCUUAUCACUGAAUUCAGUGAUUUUCAGGGAUGAUUUUCAGCACCAGCAUUAAAGGGCCUUUGAUGACACUCUUAUUAGCUACAAAAAGGGCUUUUUGAGUAACUAUUUAAUAUAAUUGUAAAUUUAUAGUAAAGUAGCAAGAACAGUACAAGGGAUUCCUGUGUGUGCUUUGUCUAGAUUUGACAAUUAUUUGCUGCAUUUGUCUCCCUGUUCCCUCCUCCACCCCAAUAUAUACACACAUAAACAUAUAUACCUACCUGCAUGCUGUGGUUUUGGAUCCUUUGAGAAUUAAGUUGAAGAACAUCAUGCCCCCUUUGCUUUGGAAUAUUUCCGUUUGCAUUUCCUAAGAACAAGAGCAUUCUCUUUUCACAAACACAGCACAGUGAUCAAAAUCCAAGAAAUCUGACCUGGACACAGUAUGCUUAUCUAAUUCACACUUCACAUUCCAGUGUCAUCAAUUGUCCAACAGCUGCCAAUUUCCCUCCUGGCUCAGAACCCAGCUCUGGAUCACAUGUAGCAUUUAGGCAUUCUGUAAAAGCUUCCUGUUAAACAGUGAUUGUUUAAUGGCUUGAAGAAAGUUCUGCUCACUUGAUUCCAAGACUUGCUGUCUGCAAGUCAGCAGGGGUCCAGCAGGGAUGCGCUACGCAUGUGGCGCCACCUUGUGGCAACAGUGCACAUAAGUUUAUAAAUCACCUUGGCAGAUGUGAAAUAACUCCCUUCUUGAGGAGUUAAUAUCACCUAAAAAAAAUUAGGUGAUAUUCAUGUUAUCCAUUUGUCUUAAUAUGUGGGAAAUGAUGUCUUAGGUCUUUUUUGUUUCAAAUGCACAUACUUUAGCGUAAAACAAGACUUUGCUGUAUCUCAAAUCUGAACCCACACAGGUGAAGCCCUGUGCUUUGGGUAAAAAUAAGGACUCGGCCUGAGACAUAUUUAGGAAUAGAGUUGGGCAUCUCAACAUUACAGCUGUGUGAUGUUUUGUGAGAGACUUGCCCUGUCUGGGCCUGUGUUUACUUCUGCAAAAUAGGUCUUACACAGACUUCUACCUGCAAAAACAUUUAAUGAGGCCAUGGAUAUAUUAUAGUUGCUGGCACUGUCACUGAUACGGACUUCUUCAAUAAAGACAAAAAGAAGAUUAUUAUUUGUUUUUUGAACAAAUAAUAACUUGUCUACUUUUUGUGAGUAGACAAGUUCUGACCUUAAAGAAAAUUCAGCCCAGUAUAGAGCUUCAAGCUUCCUAAUCAAAACCAUAUUCAGUCAAGACAUACUUACUAAUCCCCAAGUCCCAGUUACGUGCCAGGCAUUGUUCUAGGGACUGGGAAUACAGCGGUGCUCGAGACAAGGUCUUUACCCUCAAGGGCAAAUUUAGAUUCUGCUUUGGGGGAAGAUAGUUACAAAAUAAUAUCCUUUAGUGUUGAGGGCUCAGUAGGGAAUUUUAAUAGGGUAAUGAGAUAAAAAAGAGCACGGUUCUUCUGGAUUUGAGGGUGGCCGGGGAAGAGCUUCCUAAAAAGGUGAAAUUUGAAGUGAGUUCUCUAAAAGACAAGAAAGGACCAGUUAUGCAAAGAUCAGGACUAAGGGGGUGAGACAUCCAGGCAAAAGGAAGAGCAAGAGCCAAAACCUGGGGGUGGGAGCGAGCUUGGCUUUUUGGAAGAGUGGAGAAAAGAUGAAGAAACAUGGUGGUCAGGGGCAAACCAAGGUCAAGAUGAAAUCAGAA